AUGCAACUUCUACAACGUUGUACACCCAAAUGGAACCUCUUCUCUCUUCCUGUUUCGUCUUAUGGCAACGAUACACUCGAGAUCCAUAGGACCAUAGCCUUAUACAACGUGGAAGAUCUUUGGCACUGUCGUACCGCUGUAACCUUUAGUAUCUUUGCAUCCUCAUAUUUUCCCUUAACCAUUAACCAUCUCCAAUUCUUCUUCUUUUCUUCACCCCAACUCAGUGACGUAACUAUGCGUGUCAUUAUUAGAGAAGACCCUCGCUCGGCGUCUGUGUAUAUCGCAGACUACAUCAUCAGCCGGAUCCAGGCAUUCAAACCGACGCAAGAGCAACCUUUCGUCCUUGGUCUGCCCACUGGCAGUAGCCCCGAGUUCAUCUACAAGAUCCUCGUGCAGCGUCACCGUGCCGGCGAGAUCUCUUUCAAAAAUGUCGUGACCUUCAACAUGGAUGAAUAUGUGGGACUCCCUCGCGACCACCCAGAGUCGUACCAUAGCUUCAUGUACAAGCAUUUCUUCUCGCACGUCGACAUCCCUCCCCAGAACAUCAACAUUCUGAACGGUGAAGCCACCGACUUGACCGCCGAGUGUGCAGCAUUCGAAGCACGCAUCGCCCGGUACGGAGGCAUCGAACUCUUCCUCGGCGGCGUAGGACCAGACGGACACAUUGCCUUCAACGAGCCAGGUUCCUCGCUCAACAGCCGCACCCGUGUCAAGACUCUCGCCUACGACACCAUCCUCGCCAACAGCCGCUUCUUCGGCAACGACGUGGACAAAGUGCCUCGCAUGGCCAUGACCGUCGGCAUCAAGACCAUCAUGGAGUCACGGGAGGUCGUCAUUGUCGCGACGGGUGCACACAAGGCCAUCGCCGUACAGAAGGGUCUCGAAGAAGCCGUGAACCACAUGUGGACAUUGUCCGCACUGCAGCUUCACCAGCACCCACUGGUCGUGUGUGAUCGGGACGCAACACUGGAACUCAAAGUCAAGACCGUUCGGUACUUCGAGUCCAUUGAGCAGGCCGGAACCGAUGCCCGCACCCAGGGUCCUGCGCUAGUCUACCGACCCCGGACUUAUGUUCCGGGUCCCAUGCCCAAGACUCCCCGGACUGCCCAGCAGGAGACUCCUGAUCGGACUCCCGAGAAGGUUCCCAAGGAUCUGCGCAUCAACACCGAGUUGCACCAUGCUAUGGAAGAUGAUGAGCUCACGCCUGAUAGCAUGUCUUCUCGUCUGGUGGACUCGGCCAUUGGGGGCCUUGAUGGGACUCUGAAGAGCGAUCUCAUCUUUGACCGUAUGGGUACUCGGAUGACUGCGCUUUAG